AUGAAUCAACCGCAAAUUGGCACGUACAACGUAGGUACACAGUUAACAGUUGGGUCACACCAGGUUGAAAUCAUCAAAUAUCUAACAAGUGGUGGAUUUGCUCAAGUAUAUUCCGCCUUAAUUAGCCCACCUGACCCUCACUCUAAUUCAAACGUCGCAUGCUUAAAAAGAGUCAUUGUUCCAGAUAAACCAAGUCUAAACACUCUAAGGGCAGAAGUGGAUGCUAUGAGGUUGCUGAAGAAUAAUAGAUAUGUUGUAUCUUACAUUGAUUCUCAUGCGGCCAAGGCAAUAUUACAUAAUGGUUCGUAUGAGGUAUUCGUUUUGAUGGAAUAUUGUGAAAGAGGUGGUCUCAUCGAUUUUAUGAACACAAGGCUACAAAAUAGGCUGCAUGAAUUUGAAAUCUUGCAAAUAAUGAGUCAAGUGACUCAAGGAGUUGCUGCUAUGCAUGCGCUACAACCUCCGUUAAUUCACCGUGAUAUAAAGAUAGAGAAUGUUCUUAUUUCGGCGAAUAAUGAGUACAAGCUUUGUGAUUUUGGUUCUGUAUGCGGUAUUAUAAGACCUCCUAGGAAUUCACAAGAGCUGUCAUACGUUCAACAAGACAUUUUGAAAAACACAACUGCACAAUACCGGUCGCCAGAGAUGAUUGAUAUAUUUCGCGGUCUGCCGAUAGAUGAAAAGUCGGAUAUAUGGGCCCUGGGUAUUUUCCUAUAUAAGCUUUGCUAUUAUACAACACCGUUUGAAAAGGGCGGUGAACCUGCCAUUCUAAGCGGAAGGUUUGAAUUUCCAUUGUAUCCGAACUACAGUGAACAGCUGAAAAGUUUAAUACGCGAUAUAUUGGUACAGAAUCCAUGUCAUAGGCCCAAUGUUUAUCAACUACUGAAGAGGAUAUCAAUUAUGCAAAAUGUUCCCUGCCCAAUAAAUGAUAUACAAGUGGUACAGGCACCUAGCAGUCAUCUAAAUUUGACGGAACUUCACCAACUUUCUGCAACACAAAAUAUUCAAAGCUUGAACUCCCACAUGGUCAUGGACAAUACGAUGCCUAAUGCCACAUUCCAAAUUAGCGUGCCUGAUAAUAUCAUAACAGCACAAGCACACCAUGGUAGAAAAAAUUCACAAACAGCAUAUGACGCUACUUUGAGUAAUUCUACAAAAGACUCUCAGCCGCGCUUCGACAAAUCACAGAAUAUGCACCAUGCAUUAGGUUCUCCAUUAGUUGAAUCGGGUGCGAGUAAUGUUUCAAAUAAUGUCAGUAAAUCCAACGCAAAUUCCACGACUAAGUUAAAGCAGGCAAUCGUGUCUGAAGCACACAGUUUUAGGCAGAAUAAUUCAAUAAACAUUCCCCUGCAGAACAUAGUCCCUCAAUACGAAGAUUCUUCGUCCUCUUCAGAUGAAUCUUAUUCCGGAAACAUAGAUGAAUUGAAGAAAACUCGAUCACUUGGUUCUUAUUCCACACGUGGUAACAAUAAAAAAGACCAGUCCGUGAAACAAUCUCUUACGUCAUCAAGCCUACCAGGCAGUAGCUUCACGCCCACGUCUACAGAAGCCGAUUUGAAACAAGAAAGCUUACCUUUUGGGUCAACAUCAGUCAAUACUAUUGAUAAUUUCAAUGACGAUCUUCCAAUCCUCAUAAAAAAUAAUAAACCUGCAUACGAAGAUGUAGAUGUAUCUAAACAGAAUUUGAAGAAUUCCAUUCAACAGCGUAUGCUCGAUAAACUCAACUCUUCAGAGGAGUCAUUCAACACUAGAAAGAUGUCCAAGGCAAAGCUAAGUGAAAAAGGGGAGGCAGAUAAGCCGAUCUUGCUGAAAUCAAGUGCCCCAAUUUUAAAAGACAAAAAACCAAAGCCUAUCCCCCCACCUAAGCCUUUACAUCUAAAGCCCAAGCCUCCUCCAAAACCACUGCUCCUCGCCGGACGAAAGUUAUCCUUGGAGAAGUAA